UCGGGCUCCGUAUGGUCGUUUGAGGUAAACUGGUGCGUUCCAGCAGUGUGGCGACUUGCCCCACAGUUUGAGAACGAUAAUAUUGAUUAAAAACGAACGAAAAUACACGAUUUUUUAACUGAACUGUAUGAAAAACUCGAACUCGACUAAUUUUUAUGUGUUUUUAGUGAGAAAAUUGAGUCGUUUCAGUGAUCAGUGUUGAGUGUACAGAUAUAAUAGUGAGUGCCACACGGAGUCCCGUUGGCCGGUCUUUUAUCAAGUAAAUAGUACCUACAUACCUGCUUCUUUAUAGUCGACGUUUCGACGUGGAUUGCACCAGCUCAUGGUCACGACAGGACUGAAGUGAACCCAAAACACUCAGGUCUGAGCUCAAAAAAAUACUGGGCAGCGCUGUGAACUGAUUUGCUUCAGGCUAUUAUGAGGCAACAAUACUGAUCCAUGAUGUGCAAAUUAAAGAAGACGUAUCACUUCCUGAUUGUACUUGGAUGACACAGGUGGUUGGGAGCUCACAAUGUCGCAGUCAGCGCUCGGCCUCGGCGGGGAGCGCCGGUACUCCGUGCCUUCAAACCCGCUGAUGCACGAUCCUCGCGGCAUGCACUCUGAGGACCUACACGCAUGGUCUAUAUACAGGCAAAACCUAAAUUCGGACUUCACGGACAGCGCCCUCGGGAGCACCGACAAGAGCCCGCUACCGUAUGGCAACUUUCAGCUUCGGGAUACCACCGUGCAGUCUAUACUGUCGCACCCUCGAUAUGGACCCAAAUCCGCCCUUGGUUCGAAUAUGUACACCUACCUGAAGUUUGGUCUGCCGCGAGUGUUCCCACCGAACCAUAACGGCUCGCAGAGAUCCGGUACGCCCAAACCGAAAACGUCCAUCGGUAGUGGAAUGAAACCAACGCCAAGGAUACACAGACAAAGUCGAGGCGUUCGCGAGACAUCAUCGGGCUACGACAGUUCGGACAACGAGACCACCACCAACUACAAGUACAGCCGGAAAUAUAGAUCCGACCCGGACUUCCGGAUGCAGAAUUUACACCCCUCUUACCAGCCGGGAACUGGAGUACCUCUAGUAGCGAUGCAGCAGGCCGGUAUACGGGAACAGCACUGGAUGAGCAGUCGAAACAAGUCUGUGAGCGAGGCGAAUUUACUCGGCAUCGACGCGAGACCCCAGCGUGCGCAGUACACCAACAGGCGGAACAGUGUCGCAGAGUUCGCGCUAGACGCUGACCACCAUAGCUAUUUGAUGCCAUCAUCACACCUGGGCGGGCGCAUGUCGAAGGCAGGAAGUCAUAUGUCGGUGGCGCAGUCUCGGAAGCACUCCACUCUCCGACCUGGGGAUUACUUGGAUGGAUACACGCAUUCUGCUUAUAUAUAUCCAAAUUAUUAUGUAAACAGUUUAGAAAUCACGUCACCGGAAAAUAAAUCGACGCUUCUAGUUUCGGGGCUUAGUUUCGAAGUGAAGUCUGGCGAGAUCCUGGCUGUGCUUGCUACGUCCCAACACGAAGCCACGGGUCUUUUGGAUGUGUUAGCUGGCGUUAGGAAGAAAUUAUCAGGCGACAUAGUGCUGAAUGGGCAGCCGGUUGCCUCGUCGACCCUUCGUAAAGUUGCGGCGUACGUUCGCAAGGAUACGUCGCUGUGUCCCUCGAUGACGGUCGAGCACACACUGCGGUUUCACGCUGCGUUGCGGAGGCCUAGGAAUAACCAUAAUCAAGUCAAAAUGUCUGAUAGAGAUAGAAUAAAUCUUCUAAUAGAAGAAUUAGGUCUCGAGCAAGUGCGGGAUACAAACGUAGCUCGUCUCACUCGCUCAGAAAUACGUCGGUUGAAUGUCGCCUGUCAGCUACUAUUAGAUAUGGCAAUACUUAUCCUGGAUCAGCCGACGAAGGAAAUGGACAUUUUUGAUACGUUCUUUUUAGUGGAAUAUUUAAAAAACUGGGCUAGUACAGGACGGGUGGUCAUAAUGUCUUUGCAUCCUCCUACUUAUGAAAUUUUCGCGAUGUUAACAAAGGUGGUACUAAUAUCCGCCGGUAGAACUAUGUUUAGUGGAUAUAGAAGAGACAUGUUGCCAUAUUUCACGUCCAUCGAUUACCCCUGUCCCGCUUUUAAAAACCCAUCCGAUUAUUAUUUGGAUCUGGUGACACUAGAUGACCUGUCGGCGGCGGCCAUGCUAGAAUCGUCUGGCCGCAUCGAGGCGCUUGCGGGCGUGUUCGCGAGUGCGCAGGCGCCGCCCGACCCGCCUCCACCGGUACCGCUACCCGCGCCUGCAGCACCACCGCACGCACUGAUGCAAGCAUUUGCCUUACUGGAAAAGAGUCUGGUGUUUACCCAGAUGUCCACGUUGUCCAACGUGGUGACUCGUGUGCUCAUCGCUGCCAUCAUGUCUCUGGUUACCGGAACUAUUUUCUGGGAUUUGCCAGCCACAGAUUCAAAGUUAACGCAAAACGACAGAGUGGGUUACCAUUACGCAGUGAUGUGUCUGACUGUAUGGCCAAUACUGUUGUGGCUGAGCGCGAGGGAGGCCAGUUCAAUGAGGCACCACGUCGAAAGGGACAUCGCAGUCGGCCUGUACUCGAGAACUAUAUUCAUAUUGUUUGAUCAAUUCCUCGAGCUGUGGUCGGCUGUUCUCACAUGGCUGGCAUUUAUCGUUCCCAGCUACGCAAUGACCGGAUUGUACGCGCAAACUCCGGGAUCUUUCGAUGGAUUCUAUAUACAUAUAGGAUUCAUGUUGCUUUAUUUAAUAAGCAUACAAAUGCUAUGCCGCGCGGCAAUAUUCCUUGUGCCAAUGGAGAAGACAGCCGCAGCGAUAGCGGGCUUCUGUCUCCUGCUUAGUACGCUAGUGAAUGGCGUGAUGCUGCAUCAGGCUGACCUGCCGCAGUAUGUGCGGUGGUUGGAGUACGUGUCACCAUCCAGGUGGACGAUGCCCGAAGUAUUGCAGAGAGAACUCAGCGAGAUGGCGUUGAGGAGCAGUAUUAGUAAAGAUAUUAGGUGUACUAAUAAACAGCGACCGUACCAGGACAUCAUAGUGCAGUCGCCGUGUCCACCGCCAAAUGGCACGCAAGUGUUAUCCAACUACGAGUACCUGCGCACCGACAACAUAUGGGAGACGAACGAGGAGAGUUUCCUCGUCGCCCUGGCUGUCUUCUACGCGGUCUUCGCUCUAGUCGCCAUGUUUGCUUUCAUAUUCGACUGUACCAAGUACGUUAAGACGAAGGAACGCAAAUCCGUGAAGGGGCAUAAAAUCAAUGCAAAUACACCAUGAUCAUAUAUUAAGAUAUGAAAUAGAGUACAAUAUACCAGGAUAUUAGGCUCAUAGCAAGCCUGAGUACUCAUCGAUGCUCUUCUGAAUUGUCUUUGGUCACAACCUUUAUGCUGAUUUAGCAUAUAUUGUAAAGCUAUGUCUACAACGACUAAAUAUAACAGGAUACACCCUUAUAGCCUCCUGAUUAACUUGAGGUUUGUGAGAACUUGUGGACCUGGAUUAAUAAAAAAAAAGUUGCAAAUUACAUAAUGUAAUCAGAAUUUCUGCCCGACCAAGUGAACGUACCAAGUAAUGGUACAGGAUGGAACUAUGAAAGCAUUUGUUUCCUAUCAAAUCAAUUGAUUGGUUAGAUACCAAAUUUAUAUAUAUUUUUUUAUAUAAAAUAUUGGAAACGUACUUUUUACUGAAUAAUGUUGGAUUUUUUUUUCUGUGGAUAUGAAAAUGAAAAUUACAAAAUUGUCAUUAUAAUAUUUGCUCAAUUCUGAGUGGAAUACAUCGUCACAGUCCUAGAAUACUGACGGAUCUGACAAAUAUUAUAUAUACAGAUCCGUCAGUAUUCUACGACUAUGACGACAUAUUUAGCUAAAUUACAUUUAGUGCUUAAUUUUGCUAGAUGUUUAUGUAUAAAAUUAAUAGGGAACAUUAGUAGAUAGCUCAUGUAUUUAGCAGUGAGUUUACAAGGCUGACUAACGUCUUCCGUCCUUAUUUAGUUAAUGAUGUUUAAUAAGUUAAUGUAUUAUAUAGUAUUAUAAAAAAUGUGCAUGUUUUGUAUGAGCGGAUGUAGGUAGAUCAAUGUGAUUAAAAAUAACUAUAUAGAAUAUUAUAGGUAUGUUUGUUAUAGUAUCAGGUUAUCAUUUCCUAUAUAUCUAUUUUAUUAUUAUUGUAAUUUUUCUACUGAAUUUGGAAUUUUAUCAGUUCCGUUGAAAUUUAACAAAUUUAUAAAUUUAACAAUUUUAGUUUUUUAGCUAAUUGCGGAAAAAAUUGCGAAAUUUAAUUUGUUUCGUACAUAAUAAUAAUCCGACUUUGUUUCGUUUAUUAUUUGUCUUAUUGUUAGAAGGACCAACAAGCUGACGAUCUAAUGUCUAUUACUACGAAUACUUUUAAAUCAAAAGAUAUUGGCAGUGCAGUUUAUUUUACAAAUACCUAAUACAUUUUUUGUCAAGCUUCAUAUUGUGUUACGUAGAGAAUACGUCAAAAAGAAAGUGCUUGCAUAGCAUCAAAUUGGUUUGUUAAAUUUUAGCGGAGCGAACAGAAGAUUUAUACAGGAAUUGGUAUAAUUGUAUUUUUUAUUAUUUGUUUUUUCUUGUUCUUAUUUAGCCAUUUCCAGGAAUCAAAUCUGAAAAAAUACUACAUAAAUAUAAAAUUCAUAUUCCAAUACAAAACUAUGUAUACGUGUAAUAAAAAUGUAUGUCUGUCUCUUGAAAAUAUAUACCUAUACUAAUUGUAGUAAUUGUCGAAUGGUGUCUAUUAUUUAGUCAAUUAAAACUCCGAAAUCACAAUGUUAUUAAUAAGUUACUAAUUAUUUCUAUUCUUCCACACAUUUUUUUAUUAAAAUGUGGUGUCUAUGAAAUGCUUUCCUUCUUUAUUGCUUUCUUCUUCCUAUUGAGUAGUAGAAGAAUAAUACAAGCAUUAUAUUUACUAUAUACUUAUAUAGAUUUUAUUUUUGUAAAUAUAUAACAUCAAUGUUUUAUAUAACACUGCCUUGUGUAAUGCUCAUUGGAAAUAUUAUAAAUUUUCUUCUACAAUUGUUCUUUAAAAAAAAUUUUAAUAAAUCAUAAUAAAUUAUUAAAUAAUAAGAAUAAUAAUAAAAGUGGAGCCAUAUCACUUAAAUUAUAGAAAAUGUAAUUGUUAAGUUACCCUAGUUCUCGAAUAUGGUAUCAUAAUAAAAGAAAAAACAAAUGAAAUAUUA